AUGGGAAGGAGAGACAGCCCAGAAAGGUGGAGAGAGAGGCCCAGCGGAGUAGGGAGACUGGACUGCCUGGGAGGCUCGAGCCAGUAACGGACGGACGCCACAGCAGAGAAGCGAAAGCUGGCGUAGAGGCUCUCAGUAUGGUGUGAAAAUACAGAGAAAAGAGAAGUUCUACCAAGAACUGUGAAGGAUGAAAGAUUUCCAACUUUCUGGCAGGCCAACAAGCUGUCUGAUUUGAAUGAAGAAAGCCUGAGGAUUCCAGGCAGGAGACUUUUGAAAAAUUGUCAGGUUUUAGAAUACUGUCAAAAAUCAUGCCAGAAAACGAGAAAAAUGCAGCUCAACCUAGCACCAAUGAGGAUACAUCAAAGACAGGUAGAACAUGUCUUCAAAUAAAGGAGCUCAAAGACAAAGCAAGGGCAUUAAUGAUUGCAGAACAUGCCAGAAUGCAAGGCUUGUCAGAAUUCUUCUUCUCCAAGCAUGACGAUAAAACACUUUACGAAACUAAAUCAACAAAUACAGAAGAGGUGAAUAAAGGCAUCUACUUCAGCUACCCAAGUCGACGACAUAGCUGUUCUUUGGUAAAUUUCCCUAAACCAUGUGUCAGCAAAAUGAUUGCCCACAUUGAAGAUGUGGAAUGUAAAAUACAGGAGCACUUGAAACAAUUUGAAGCUUCCUUUGAAGAAUGGACUUCAGCCACAAAAGAUAAAAAGGAAGACUUGGAUAUCUCUGCUUCAGCGCAAAAAAUCCCCCCAGGAAAAGCGAAAGAUGUGAAGUGUCCUGAAUUGAAGAAGAGGAUGGAGACAUUACUAUCAGAGGCCAUCCACCUCGUUAAAAGUCUGGAAACUGACAGAGCAGAAGCAGAACAAGCUUUAAGACAACAAAAGUCAAGAAAGAAUAGGAUUAGCAUGAAAAUUGACUCUUGGUCCAUCUGGAAGCUCCAAGAACUCCCAGUAGCUGUUCAGAAAGAACAUGAAGCCUUCUCCAAAGAAAUUGCAGAGCUGCGCAACCAUCUUAAAGAUUUGAGGAACACGGCGGAUCAACUGCAGGAGCAGACGGACAUGUUGGAACAAGCCAAUUCAAAGGUCCAGGCGGACAUAGACUACAUGAUUUCUCAUAGCGUUCUGCUGGAGAAGAAGCGCAAGCAGGAGCUAGAACUUCUGAGAAAGCGGUACCAAAAAAAGUUUGAGGUGAUGGAACAAUUUAGAGCACUUCAUGAAGAGCUUAAAGAUUCUGUGGACCAGAUUGAAAAUGCGAAGAUAAGGCUGAAGCGCAUGAAAGAAGAGGAUGAGAGAGAGCUCCUCAAGGAUCUAACAACUGCAGCAUCCUAUGAUAAAGAACUAGAUAAGCUUAGCAAUCUGGAUGAUCACUACACAACCUCAAUCGAGUCUGUGAACCAGGACAUUGAAGAGGACGAAGAAGUAGUGAGUGAGGUCCUGAGAGAAACACAGAGCACAUCAAAUGAACUAGCGAAUUUAAUGAGAAUGAUAGAGGAUUUGAAAAGACAGUUUGAUCAAUAUUGCUGGAUCCAAAGGAAAUAUGAACAGGAGUACACAGAGGCACUUAAUAAUUAUUACUCCGCAAAAAACACGUGGGACAUUGAGCUUUCUAAUAUUACAAAAGACUUCAACAAUAUCUCAACAGUGUAUGUAGAGACGUUAGAAGAAAACAAGAGGCUUAAAUAUGAAAUUGACAAUAUAACAGAAGAAAUUGGAGAAAGUAUAAGGAAAAGAGCAGAGCUCGAGGAUGAAAUCCACUCAUUUAGGGAAAUGAAGACGAGGAAUAACAAUUAUCUCAAACAUCUCUACAAGCAGUCUUAUCAUGUUGGGGCCGUCUACCACAUAGCUAGGCACAAAACAGAUGAACUGGAGGAUAAACUAGCAGAAGUGAGAAGAAAAUUCAAGGUUAGAGAAGAUUUUCUGAAGAGGCUUAUAAGAAGUCACAUAGCUACAGGGAUUGAGGUUCAGAAAAGGCUGUAUUCCGUUGAAGAAUCCCAGUUUGCUGAAAUGCAGGAGUAUAUAAGAAGAAAGGUACUCUAUAAUGCGGCUUUGUUAGAGGUACAGGAGCCACUGAAAGAGUUUGAAAGAGAGGCUGAGCGAAUCAGGAACAUUCACAGAGAGCACGCUAAAAUGGUUCAUGACAUACGGAGGAGGAAAGAACGUGUUAAAAGAAAAGUAGAGGCAACAAAGAAAAAAUUACAGAAAAAAAGCAAGAAAAGCCUCAAGGAACUCACAAAAACUGAGGGAAAGGGCACAAUGAUUCACCAAGAAAUUGAGAUAGCUAAAACCAAAACAUUUGUUUUCCAUGAGAAAAGCAAGGAGCUGAGCAAGGAGAUAAUGAUAAUGGAUCUGGAGAGGAAAAGCUUCGAAGAAAAACUUGUAAAGUUGCAGGAAGAGUUCAUGAAGUUGCGAUUCGACAGGGAACACAUACACGGCGUGUUCGACCACAUCUUAAGAGAGAGACAGCGCUGUGAAGAGAGGAUCUUCGAUGAGGAGAGGAGGUUCAA